AUGUCCAAACGAGCGGUGCCUUUCACCGAUGAGAACUUGCCCGUGGAGCCGCAACACGACGACAGGGACCACAUUCUCGCCUCGUUCAACGAAAACCCGCGCAGACCUGUCUGGACCGACUUGAGGAUUGACUAUUUUUGUACCAACCAGUGGAAAUUUCUGGCUCCAGUUCUCAAGGUUGCCACCAGCCUCCAGUACAAUCACGACUUCGAAGAGGCCAUUAUCCUGCCCUUCGUCAAAUGCUACGAUGUCGGCUCCGACAGAGGCGGGUUUGGCCAGGUGCACAAAUACGCGAUUCAUCCGAAUCAUCUGGACGACCCGGAGAAGGCAGUGCGCUACGAGCACGUUGCCAUCAAGGAGAUCCAGCCAAGGAUCGAGAAGGACUGGCAGGGCAUGGUCAAGGGCUGGGAGCACGAGGCGAGCAUCCUGCAGCAAAUGAACGCGCUCCAGCAAGAGCACAUCGUCCGGUUUCUCACGGCCUUUCGGCACGGCGACAAGGGCAAGGAAAAGCACUAUCUCAUGUUUGAAUGGGCCGAUGGCGGCAAUCUGCUGAACCUGUGGAAGACGCCCAACCAGCCGUUGACGCCCUCGCUCGUCAAGGCGACAAUCAAGCAACUCUUGGGACUUGCCAGUGCGCUCUGCGCAGCCCAUUACCCUCAGCACGGGCCGACAUUCCGUCAUGGCGACUUGAAACCCGCCAACAUCCUAUGGUUCAAGGACGGCGACAGCAGCGAUGGGAUUGGGACCCUCAAGAUAGCAGAUUGGGGGCUCGCCAAGGAGCACAAUAUCCUCACAGUGCUCCGAACGAACAAAACAUCGACCGAGUACGGAACUCGCCGCUACGAGCCGCCCGAGGAAGAGACGGGAUUGGGGUUCAUCGUCUGGUUACUCCACGGCCCGGACGGGCUCAGGAGGUUCAACCACGAGGUGCGCUUGGGGUACUCCGAUGGGGGCCCAUUCUACCAGACCAGAGUCGAGAACGGCGUCACGGUCGCUCGCGUCCACGAUGUCGCUGUGGAGUGGAUGAACCGCAUGGCCAAGGACCCGCGUUGCCAGGUCGGCCGAACAGCGCUCGGCGACCUCCUGGAGCUGGUGCAAACCCGCCUCCUGGUUGUCGCGAUGCCGGACAGACUCGGGACGUCUGAAUGGUCGCCCAUGUCAAACCUGAGUCCCAUGGAAAGAUCCGGAACAUCGAUGGUACACGGGCUUCCGACUCCCGUGUCGCCUGGUGGCGACAUAAAGUUGCCGCCAGCUACGGAAGUGCCGGGGAUUGUCGUCUCCGGACCCGAGUCUUCGCUUCGUCAGAGGCCAGCUCCUCCGCCCUCCCCCGACUUGUUCUCUGGAUCAGGGCGUAGACGGGCUCACGCAAAAGAGUUCAAGCAGCGAAUGGAGCACAUCUAUCUGGAAGCCGACAAUGACAGCUACUGGCUCCCUGACGAACCCGGACUACCGUCGUCUCCGGCUCUCGAGGUAGUGCUGAGAGACAAGAGCCAGUGCAACCUGGAAGACACAGGACAGAGUUUGCGAACGUCGGAUUGGCAGCGACGACUUAAUGAACCCUCGAUGACGACGGGUAGACUCACGCUGCCCUCGCUGGAGCGGGUCGACUAUGGAAACUAUGAACUAGACAACAUCUGGGAGCGAUCGGUCGACAACGAACUCGCCGCCGAAAUCUUCUCUGCAGCUCAGACAACAUCGGCAGCUGCUCGCCAGCCCGAGGUUGUGCCAUCAUCCAAUCUAUGCAAAACAUGCCAAACACUCCGUGACGGAAUCUGGGAACCGGCGUUCAGUCAGAACUACCAACGCUCGGAUCUGGAAGCAGCUUCCGAGGCGAGGUCGUGCGAUCUGUGUGGGCUCCUCUGGCGUGCCUGCCAGCGCCUCCACGCUACCAAAGCCACGAGCAUCCUCGUCAAGAGGGAGGGCUCCUACAUUAAGCUGAACUCGAUACCGGAGCCUGCGCUGUCCAUCCUCAGGAGUCCAGAUCUCAGCACGCCGAUCGACAAUGUGAUCCAAAUCGGCUUCCCCGGAAGCAUCCAAGCGGCUUCCCCCGAAACGCAGUUCGAGAUCAUUAGGAAGUGGCUGUCCCACUGCGACGCCAAGCACGCCUGCUGCAGACCGCCCCCAAGCCCCCUAUCCGACACCCAAGCGAACACCAACAACCGCCUCCCGACGCGCCUCAUCGAGGUAGGCCAGCCGGGCGACAGCCACGUGCGCCUCAUCGAGACGGAGAAGACGCAGCCGCACGGCGCCAGCACCGGCGCCAGCGGCGGCGGCGGCGUUGCCUGGUUCGCCCUCUCGCACCAAUGGGGACCGGGCCCGCACUUCCUCACAACAACCUCCAAUCUAGCCGCCCACCUGCGCGGCAUCGCGGUGGACGCGCUGCCCGCGACCUUCCGCGACGCGGUGCGCGUCACGCGCGCCGCCGGCUGCGCCUACCUGUGGAUCGACUCUCUGUGCAUCGUGCAGGGGCCCGACGGCGACUUCAACCGCGAGGCCAAGCGCAUGGAGCACGUCUACAGCGGCGCCGCCUGCGUGCUGGCCGUCAGCCGCAGCGGCGGCGGCGGCGGCGGCCUCUCCUCCUUCGGGUUCCUGCACCCGCGCCGGACGGCGGACUUCGUGGCGCUGCGGAGGAAGGCGGAUGAAGGGCGCCCCGGCGUGUUUUACGUCUGCGAGAAUGUGGGCGACUUCAAUGGCCACGUGCUGGAGGGCACGCUGAGUCGGCGCGGGUGGGUGCUGCAGGAGCAUGCGCUUGCCCGGCGGACGGUGUUCUUUACGGACUGGCAGAUGUAUUGGGAGUGUGGGGAGGGGUUCCCGCAGAUCCUCAUGGACGCGCGACAGGGAGAGCGAAUCCUGCGCGUCCAGGACCUGUACAAACGCUACUCGCGGCUCGAGCUCACCAACGCCUUUGACCGCCCCGUCGCCAUCGACGGGCUGCAAGCGCGCAUUCUGAGCGCGUUGAAGAGUCGGGGCGGGCUGGGCGUGCUUGACGAGGGCCCCGGGAAGAAGGGCCUGCUCCGGCGCAGCCUGCUCUGGCACCGCGCCGACCAGACUGCGCGGCUGGACCGGAUUGUCUUUCCCGCCGCUCGGGCUAUAUCGGUGGUGCCAUCGUGGUCUUGGAUGGCCUACACGGGCGCCAUCGACUACAUCAGUCCCGAGUUCGGCAGCGUCGAGUGGGAAGAGAUGCAGUCGCCUUGGUCUGGCCGACACUCUCCCUUGCUAUCUGAGGGGCAGGGGGGAAAUAUUGCCUUGGUUGCCAAGGCCAGGCAGUACGACCCCUUCAAGGCCAAGCCGGAAGACACGAAGCUCGUGUUUGACUCGCCGGGUUUGUCGGAGCAGGGCGAGACCCUGUGUGUCGUUCUGGGCCAGCAGACGGACUCGAUGCGAAGGACGUAUCUCAUUCUAGUACGCAGCACGGCGGGGAGGGACAGAAAUGGGAGCAAGAUCUACGAAAGAGUCGGGGCUGGGUAUCUGCCAGGAAAUUGUAUCGGAGAGGAGAGAGGGAUGGUGACGAUUCACUAA